GAAAAGAAGAAAAAUGAUGGGAGAGACAACUAAAGAAGAAAAAAUAAGUCUAUCAGAUACAAUUCUAGAUAACUACUACCUUUGAUCAAGAGAUGAUAGUCUAGGACCUGACUCUUGCAGUAGCUUCUGCUUCUUCACAUUGAACUCUAGAUGCAUAGAUGGGUCGGACUGGGGCGAAGUCGCCGAACUUUUGUUUGAGUAGGGUUACGACGCAUUUCCGAGUCCGGUCACCAUUAGUUCAAUCAAAACCCGCUUCUAAAUCUAUAAUAAAUGCAAAUGAAGAUAGUGUUCUUGUAGACAAUAGUGAUGAGAAGACAAUUUCAAGUAUCAAUGGCGCAGAAAUGGGGAAUGAAACUAGUUCAUCAGUACUAGUUGGCAGAAGAAUUAUGAUUGUUGUUGAUUCAAGUCUUGAAGCUAAAGGUGCUAUUCAAUGGGCUCUCUCACAUACUAUUCAGAAUCACGAUACUAUCAUUCUUCUCCAUGUCACCAAGCCUACUAGUUCCAAUGUUACAGGUGAACAAACGAACACGGAAGUCUACGCGAAAGAAUAUGAACUUCUUUACUCCCUGAAGAGCAUGUGCCAUGUCAAAAGACCCAAGGUACAAAUUGAAGUUGCAGUAGUACAAGGAAAAGAAAAAGGGCCAACCAUUGUAGCAGAAGCAAAACACCAAGGGGUGACACUAUUGAUACUCGGGCAGAAGAAGCGAUCAAUGACUUGGCGACUAGUAAUGAUGUGGGCAGGGAGUCGAAUUGGUGCUGGUGUCGUUGAAUACUGUAUUGAUAAUGCCAGUUGCAUGACAAUUGGCGUGAGAAGAAACAACAGAAAAGUUGGAGGGUAUCUUAUUACGACCAAACAUCACAAAGAUUUUUGGUUGUUGGCUUGAAUGUACGCAACAAUUUAGAUGUACAAAAAGUGUCUAUGCACAAUGAAUGAACCAAUUUAUUUAGUGUUGGAUGAUUUGCAAACAGGAUGUUCAAAAAGAGAAUGGACGUGUGAUUGUUCAGUGACGUAAGAGUUUUGUACAUGAAGAAGGCUGGUUCUCAAGCCUUAACAAUGUGGUGUAGUUGAGCAUUAUCUUGAUACAUUUACUUUGUUUGUUAUUGCUACUGAA